AUGGAUUUCAUGGAAUAUAUGCCGGAAUUCCCAUUCCUCGAAUUGCCGAGUGAAAUUCAAUUAGAAGUUCUCAGAAAACUUUCCGUUCCCGAUAUUUGUGCAUGUCGCUGUGUAUCCGUACAGAUGUAUGCGAUGAUUGAAAAUAAUCGAAUGACUUUGGCAAGGAGGAAAGUGAAAUCCGUCUCGAUUGCCCCGAAUUGGUCCCAACUGGUUCCAAAGCGGAAGAACAUACCACCAGCCGAAUGUCUCAACUAUGAUGAAUUCGAAUUCGCUCGACUUUUCCGUGCUUCUGAUAUUGAAAUGCUGCACAUUGUAAAUGUGAGUUUUGCAUUGCUCUAUGAGAACGUUUAUCUCCCAUUUUGCUCCUUUUUUGUUGCCAUCCUUAACUAA